AAUAAAAAGCUGGUGUGACGCAGCGGGACAAGGCAGAAGUGCUGUGCCUCAGACAAGGUAAGACAUGCUGGAGUCAUUCAGGUAUUUUUGGUUUCUCUUUUUGUGGAAGAGGGGUUUAACUGCCGCGGUUCGAAGUGUUCAGAUAGAAAUGCUGUGAUGCCGUGAAGGCAGCUGAAGGCUUUGUUUAUUGCUGAAAUUCCAGGUAAUUGCCUGAAAUGACAAGCUGGUGUCUGGUUUUAUUUAGGACUUGCCAGGAAGCUGGUUGCUUCUAGCAGGGAAGGAGCAUCAGGUGUCCAGGACACAUUGGACACGUGCAGCCAGUCUGGGGAGUCAGAGACUGUCUGUCAGUGCUGGACAUGGGCAGCAGGAUGGGGCAGCCAGGGGUCCCUCAGCAUGGGAUACAGGUGAUGGGGGCACAGGGCUGUGGAGAGCAAAUGGUGAUGGGUUUACAGGUGGCUUGUGGGUUUUCUUUGUGUAAGAUAUUAACUUUGUAUAAGUUUCCUUCUGUGAGAUCUGAAAUCUUGUUUCUAUUAAGCUGAAACUGUUGCGAGUUGGAGGAGAAAUUGCUCAAGCAUUCUAUUUUUUUGUAAACACCUCUAACUUUGCAUUAAGAACAAUUCUUUUGCUGCCCACUGCACACUGUCCUGCAAAGUUUGAUAAUUUCUCUGUGACAGGCCACUAGUGAAUGCCUGUCUUUAUUUCCCUGGGUUCCUGGGUGUUCAGAGGGGAGAGCUUGGGCCACUGGUGCUCUCUGAGUUCCCCAGGUGUUCUCAUGUUGCUGGCAGUGGAUGUUUUGUGUGAUGUGCAGAGUGCUGCCUGCUGGACACAGAUGAUGAGUGGGGCUGUCUGGCUGACCUCUUCAGGCACAGGAAAGGGAUUUUCUUGUCCUUGUGACCUGUGGCAUGAAGGAGGGUGUGGACAAAGCAGGGAGGGGAGUGGGUGAGGAAGUGCCAGUUGUGCCAUUUCCAAGCAGCCAUCAGGAUGUUGAUUUGGCUGUUGGAGGAAAUCUGCCUGCAGAGCCCUGGAAAACUACAAUUUCCUAUGUUAGCAGGAUUUGUCUUGCUUGGGAGGGUCUGGCCUUGUAGAUUUCAGGUGAAAAAUGCACUGCAGGUGUUUUCUAUCUGAAGGAGGAUGAAGAGCAGGGAAGGUGGGGCAUCCAGGCAAUUGGUUACACUAGUAUCCAGCAUGCAGGAUCUGACCUUUCCCCAAUUCUCCUCCUCAUCCCACCAGAGUAGCGAGUGGCUGUGUGGGACUGAGUCCCUGUCUGGGGUUAAUCCACCACAAUCCUUCUUGGAGCCCAGUGUGGGGCACAAAGAGUUACCAGAUGACAGAUCUGAACAGGGCAUAUUAAAAUACAAAUAGUGUGGCCAGCAGGACUAAGGAAGUGAUUUUUCCCCUGUGCUGGUUGGGCCACAUCUUGAGUGUUGUGUCCUGGUCUGGGCUCCCUGAUUUAGGAAGCAUGUUGAGAUGCUGGAGCAUGUCCAGAGGAGGGCAACACGGCUGGUGAAGCGUCUGGAACUCGAGCCUUAUGAGGAGUGGCUGAGGGAGCUGGGGUUGUUUAGCCUGGAGAAGAGGAGGCUCACAGGAGACCUUACCACUCCCUACAACUCCCUAAAAGGAGGUACUUCUCCCAGGCAACAAGUGACAGGACAAGAGGACACAAUCUUAAGCUGCACCAGGACUUGUCCCACCUGUGUUCUUAGACUGCUGUGGCUACAGCAGAGUAUCUGCACUGGAAGUUGAGCUGCCCAGCUGAGCGACUGGAAGUGCUGGCGUGCCUGACACAGAUGCAGCAGCAGCAGCAGCAGCAGAUGGAGGUGAUGAAGGUUUUUAAUGAUCCUAUUCAUGGGCACAUUGAAUUGCAUCCCCUGCUUGUUCGGAUCAUCGACACCCCUCAGUUCCAGCGCCUGCGGUAUAUCAAGCAGCUGGGUGGCACAUACUUUGUUUUUCCAGGAGCCUCUCACAACCGCUUUGAACACUCCCUGGGGGUUGGCUACCUUGCAGGAUGUCUGGUUCGUACACUGAAGGAGAGACAGCCAGAACUGGGUAUAACCCAGCGAGACAUCCUUUGUGUAGAAAUUGCUGGGCUUUGUCACGAUUUGGGUCAUGGGCCAUUUUCACACAUGUUUGAUGGAAGAUUUAUUCCACUCACUCGUCCAGGUUUGAAUUGGAAGCAUGAAACUUCUUCUGUUCAAAUGUUUGAGCACUUGAUCGCUUCCAAUAAGCUAGAAGAAGUCAUGAGGUCCAAUGGUCUUGUCCUGGAAGAAGAUAUGUUGUUCAUCAAGGAACAAAUAGGAGGGCCUAUAGAUGAAACUGCCUGUGUGAAGUCGUGGCCCUACCGUGGUCGACCAAAGGAGAAAAGUUUCCUCUAUGAGAUUGUAGCUAAUAAAAAAAAUGGCAUUGACGUUGACAAGUGGGAUUAUUUUGCAAGGGAUUGCCAUCACCUGGGAAUCCCGAAUAAUUUUGACUAUAAGCGCUUGCUGAUCUUCACUCGGGUCUGUGAAGUGGGAAACCAGAAGCACAUCUGCACCCGUGACAAGGAAGUUGGAAAUUUGUACGAGAUGUUCCACACCCGGAAUUGCCUGCACCGGAGAGCAUACCAGCAUAAAACUGGCAACAUCAUUGAAAUAAUGAUAACAGAAGCCUUUCAAAAAGCAGACAAAUAUUUUGAAAUAAGAGGCUCUGGAGGAAAAGUGUAUCGGAUUUCUACAGCAAUGGAGGACAUGGAAGCCUACACUAAACUAACUGACUGUCUCUACCUGGAAAUUCUGCACUCAAAUCACCCAGAACUGGAGGAGGCACGAGAAAUUCUGCGUAAAAUAGAACGACGUGAAUUAUACAAGUUUUUAGGAGAGACUCGACCUGAAUCAAAGAAGGAAAUUAUAAAGAGCAACAGCCUGGCAGAAAGCAUUGCUAAUUCCAAGCCAGAGAAGGACCCUCCAGAUGUGGAGCUAAAGGCUGAGAACUUCAUAGUUGAUGUUAUCAGCAUGGAUUAUGGAAUGAAGGAACAGAAUCCAAUUGAUAAGGUUCACUUCUAUUGCAAGGCUGAUCCUUCCAAGGCAGUCAAAAUCAGUAAAGAGCAGGUUUCAAAGCUUUUGCCCAAAAUAUUUAUGGAGCAGGUUGUCCGGGUUUAUUACAAAAGUCAGGAUCCACGUAUUAUUUCAGCUGCAAAACAGUACUUUGUUCAGUGGUGCAUGCAGAAUGAUUUCACCAAACCACAGGAUGGUGAUGUUGUUGCUCCUCACCUAACUCCAAUGAAGGAAACCUGGAAUAAGAUGACAGAUGAUGAACACAGGAGAGCCUCAGAACCCAGCUGUAAACAAAGGCUUUCUUUUGAUAAGUAGCAGGUUUCUUUUUGGUGCUAUUCAGUCUGCUUCCUCAGAAAAUGAGUAAAUUUGAGCAUCAACUUUUCUAAAAGCUGGUUGGAUGGACUGGAAUAAUUCACAGCGCAAUGCAGAAUGUAUUUUGCAAUACAGAAUGUUUUAAUGUAGAUAGUUAAAGUGCAUAUUCCAGAUGGACUUCUAAAAAACAAUUUAUUACAACAGAGUAAACUCAGUUCUCAUUAUUUUUUUAAUGUAUUGGCACUGUGUAGCAGGAGUAACUUUAAAAAUUGCAAUUCAUUGUUAUUACAAGAUUUUACUACUCCGUCUAGUCCUGAUCCCUUCCUUAGCUGUGCUAUUGUAUGACUUAGCAGAAAAAAUCCCAACCCAGGUUUGAUGGGGUUUUGGGGGGGUUUUCUUAGUGUCUGAGAAAGGGAUAAGUAUGCUUCUGAAAAUACAGUGAGGUAAAGAAGAAAUUACCAAGGGUGGCAUCUUCAAAAUCAGCAAAAUUAAUUUCAUGAAAAAAAAGGAAGGGAGAGGGGAAUCUUUUGAUAACCAAAGGUUAUAUUUCUGGUAUUCAAAAAGCUGGUGCAGCUCUUGCUACAAGUGACCACAAUUUUUAUUGAAGUAACAAUGCAUUGCAGUGCCAUGCAGCCUUUUAUUGUUUUAUUGUGUAUUUUUGAUACAUGGAAUGUUAUAUUUUUUACUGUCUGUCCUGCAAAGACUGCUCAAAAGGCCAGUGGUGUGAGUGGUUGCAGGAAGGCUGGGCUGCCCAGGUGUUUGCAGGGCUCAGGUGUGCAGAGAGGGCAGUGCCAGCAGUGCCCUGCUCUGCCCAUCCUGCACCAAGUGCAGCUUGGUGCUGCUUUGCACUGUACUGGGCAGACAGGCUGAUCAGGAAUCCAUCCAUUCUUGCAUCCAUGCCCUGUUCUCCUGGAUCUCAUGGCCGUCCCUGUAUCAUUUUUCUGUCUCUUGUAGAUCUGUGAGGGUUCUUACAGUUUUCCUGUACUGGCAGUACUGGUGUGUAUGUUCUGAAUGUCUGUGCUGCUGGACAAGCGAAGACCAUUUUCCUCUCAUCUUUUACUCAGGUCUAAGAGGAAAGCUGCUUUCAUUAAAUAAAACCUCAAAGCUUGAAAAAGUCUGACCACAAAACUAAAAAAACAAAGUAAAAGGUUCAGUAAUGCUCAGGAAUUGGAGCAAUCUGUGGCCUUUUUAUCUGGAAAGGAAAGAGAGGUGUUGAACAUCUGGCUCAGGCAGUCAGGUGUGGGUGGCCAGGGCAGAUCCUGAAAAAUAACCCAGUGGGAAAGUGAGAGAACUCCACAACCCCUGUAAUAUCUCCUUUGCCCUUUUUAUCCUGGGAACUGGUGCUGUUAGAGGGAGGGAAAAUGAAUAGCCAUGAUACUUCUGCUGCUUAUGUAUCUGUGCUCAUGUGUCUGAAGGUGUAACCUCUGGUGCUCCUGUCUAACAGUAUUUCAGACCUGCAGAUGAACCAGAUUGGUUAGAAGGGCUUGUGACCUCUUUAAAAGCUUUUAAAAAAUUCACUAUUCCUCAAGAAACAAUAUCUUAGAGUGAAGGUAUUUAUCUCCCUUGUCUGCAUAAGAUCAAGUAUAAUUUUGAUAUAAUUUUGUUCUUGUUGAUUUGGUUUGUUUUUGUUACUAACUGUGCACUUUAUACUUGGGAAAGAUCUUUUGUUUAUGUUAAACCAAAAGUGUAUACUUUAGUUUAAGUUCUGAGAGCAGUUCUUUUCUCAACAUGUUCAUCUGAGCCUCUCUGAAGAAUAAAUUUAUAAACUAUGAUUUACUAUUCUUUUCAAGAA